GGCACCGAGGCUCAGCGCGUCUCUCAGCCACGUUGUUAUGGCUGCGGGUGGUGGCGGCAGCUCAGCCUGCGAGGGCCUGCGGUACGCAGAGUACUCGCCGCCCUCGCGCAAACGGCCGGACUCGGAGAUCGACAAUGGAGUGGCAAGAAGCCUGAUAGCUGUUGGACUGGGUGUUGCAGCUUUUGCAUUUGCAGGUCGCUAUGUAUUUCAGAUCUGGAAACCUGUACAACAAGUCAUCACAGAAACUGCAAAGAAGAUUUCAACUCCUAGUCUUUCAUCCUACUAUAAAGGAGGAUUUGAACAGAAAAUGAGUAGGCGAGAAGCUAGUCUUAUUUUGGGUGUAAGCCCAUCUGCUACUAAGGCCAAGAUUCGAACCGCUCACAGAAGAAUCAUGAUUCUGAAUCACCCCGAUAAAGGUGGAUCUCCGUACUUAGCAACCAAAAUAAACGAAGCAAAAGACCUGCUAGAAGAAACCUCCAAACACUGAGGCUCAAGGACUGCUCUGAAGGGAAAAAGCAGGGGGGUUAAAAACAAAGUCUAGCAAAUUUCAUCAAAACCACCACUGUCAUAAUUUUCAUACACGUGCUAACGAUAAAUAAUUUAUUCUCUGCUAAGUGGUAUAAUAAAAGAUUAAUAAUCUCCCUGCUCAUUAUCUUUUAAAGGAAUACCUUACAAUUUUAUAACUGAUUUUUUUCUUAUUUUCUUACUUUCUCUGUGAUAGUCAUACCUUUUAAUAUUUCUGUUCUGUUUUAAACCUUCCACACUCUCCUCCCCCACACAAAAGUAUCCAAAAAGUAUGAUCAUCAGUAAUGUCAUUGGUGUUGGUGAGCAAUGAGUAGAAAUACUUUCACUGCUUAUACAGGGGCAGGCAAAAGUAGGUUUACAGUUGCAUUGUGACAUUCUUUUGCGUUGAUAAAGCUGUUGUAAUCAAUAAGAACCUGUAUGUCUUUCCCAUAUGAACAACUGGAAACCUACUUUUGCCACUGCUCCCCAUGUUUAUAUUCACAUUGUCCCUGUUUCCUUGGAAGAAUUUAGUAUGCUGCCUCUGUAAAGGGCUUGAAAUGUUUUGAGACCAAACACUGACUGCCACCCAAUGGGGAAAUGACCUGAAACUUAAUGGAAUUUACAAAAUGGUGUUUUUUAAAGUAGUACUUAGGACUUGUUGAAGAACUCUGCUCUCUCUGAGACCCUAUAGCUGAAGCAUGAGAACUUGGAGAGCUAGUAAAAUGAUUAAAGAUUUACAAAAUGAGCCCUUACAAGGAAAGGAUGAAAAGAGCUAUGAGAAGUCUGAGGAGUUUGUAUUUAAUUACAGUGUUUUGUACUGUAUAUUUAUUCAGUUAUUCAUUCCAAAUAUUUAUUGACCACUUCAAAUGUGUAAGGUGCUAUAGUGACCCCUCUGAGAGUUAUAGAUGUAGUUAAAGGAACUUACAUUUAAAAGAAAGAUAAAUCACAUAAAUACUAGUAGAGAUGCAUAGAUGAUAUGCUAAAGAAAUUCAAAAGAAGAAAGGAAUAUUUAGAAUUGAUAGCAUUGGGGGAACUUCAUAGGGUAAGGGGCAUAGAGCUGGACUUUUAACAAUGAGAGAGAGAGCAUAUGAUUGGUGAGUCUGUGUUUCUUCUGAGAGCAGUCAGAAUAGCAGAAAUGGGGUAUUAAUUACUGUAAUUAGAGUGAUUAAAUUAUAUUCUCAAAGCAGCCCCUGGUCUUCAUCACUUUACUAUUUCAAGGGUGAGCAAACAGAUUCAGAUACAGAGUACCAGCAUUAUUUUCCAAUACCGCUUUACAAAUUCUGGGUUCAUCCCCAGUAAACUGAACUUACUUCAUCUAUCUUAAAAUACUUUUUAAUAUUCUAGAUGCAUCUUUCAGUUUAUUGUCUCCCUUAGGUGGAGAGUUUUCAGUGUUGACAAUAUUAUCAGUAUUGAGUUGAAUAAUUCCUUUUUGUGGGAGUUCUCCUGUGCAAUGUAGGAUGACUGGCAACAUGCAUACCUGUACCUCCUGAAGGCCAGUAGCACCCACUCACUUGGGACAACUAAAAAUGUUUAUAGACAUUGCCAAAUGUCCCUUGGAGGGCAAAAUUGUCCCUGGUUGAGGGCCAUGGUGUAAAUGUUUAGUAUUUUUUCUUUAGGCACAUAAAAUAAUGGCCUAACUCAAAACUGAUUGAAUUUUAGAGUUAGUUAAAUAUUGUUCUGGCUUUAAAGUCUCCUUGUAUGUCCUAAUUUUAUUGUGCUUUAGUGAUUUUCAUUUUUCUGCUCUUUAUUAUCUCUGUGUCUCAGAUGCCCUUCUAAUCCUCAGAUCUUCACAUGCUCAAAGCGUAGAGGUCAGUGAAGGUCAAGCUAAAAUGUGACCCUCCUUUUCUUGUGCUUCCAGUGAAAGUAAUGUGAAUCAGCGCUCUGGGAGCAGGGACCGUAUUUGUCUUGUUUACUGCUACAUUGGCAUCCAAUAAAUAUUUGUUGAAUGAAUGAAUAAAUUCCCAUACCAUUUUUUUUUUAGUAAUAAUGUGGAGCAACGGGAACUCUAAUUUAAUAAUAUGGAAAUACAAAAUGGUACAGCCACUUUGGAAGACAGUUUGGCAGUUUCACACAAAAUUAAACAUACUUUUAACAUAACAAUCUAGCAGUUGUACUGCUUGGUAUUCAGUCAAAGGAAUU